CUUCUUCUUCUUCCACCUCCUCAACGCCGCGUCUUUUUGUUUUUGUUUUUGGUGUUCUUCUGCUACGCCGCUCCCUGUCUCUCUCUCUCGCUCGGUCGCUCACCCUCAAACGUUUUCUUCGAUUGUCAUCUGAAGAUACAGUCUUUGCCCAAUAGCAAGCAUGAGUUCUUCAAUGGUGUCGCAACUACAGGCUCUUAAAUCAGUGCUACAAGGCGAUACAGAGCCUUCGAAGAGACCUUUCACACGCCCUUCGAUUCUCUUCAGUCCUAAAGAAGCAGCUGAUUUUGAUAUCGAAUCUAUCUAUGAGCUCGGACUCAAAGGUCUAGAAGUACUUGGAAACAAAGAUGAGAGGUUUAAGAAUUACAUGAAUGACUUGUUUAGUCAUAAAAGUAGAGAAAUUGAUAGGGAAUUGCUGGGUAAGGAAGAAAAUGCUCGGAUUGAUGCAUCAAUCAGUUCGUAUCUACGUUUACUCUCGGGGUAUCUUCAGUUUCGAGCUUCCUUGGAGACCCUUGAGUAUCUGAUACGAAGAUACAAGAUUCAUAUAUACAACUUGGAAGAGCUUGUUCUAUGUGCUUUGCCAUACCACGACACACAUGCUUUCGUACGUAUUGUUCAACUGCUUUCUACUGGAAAUACCAAGUGGAAAUUUCUGGAUGGUGUUAAAAAUUCAGGUGCUCCACCUCCUAGAUCGGUUAUCGUUCAACAAUGUAUACGUCAUCUGCAAGUUUUGGAGGCCUUGUGUGACUACGCAUCUCGUACUAAAAAGUAUCAGCCUUCAAAACCUGUCGUUAGCUUCUCCACAGCGGUUGUUGUCGGGGUGCUUGGUUCAGUUCCAACUGUUGAUGGAGAUAUUGUAAAGAGUAUUUUGCCAUUUGUGGACUCUGGUCUUCAAUCUGGUGUGAAAGGGUGUUUAGAUCAACAGGCUGGAGCGUUAAUGGUUGUUGGGAUGUUGGCAAACAGAGCCGUCCUAAAUACUAACCUUAUCAAGCGCUUUAUGAGGUCCAUCAUCGACAUUGCUCGUGAACAUGCCAAAGAAUCUUCUGCCCCGCAUUCCCUACGAUUGUCAUUUAUGGCCUUGAUCAAUUUUGUUCAGCUGCAAUCCGUGGACUUGAUCCCAAGGAAAGCCUUGGAUCUUUUGAAGGAAAUAAGAGAUAUUUCUGGUAUUCUUUUGGGCUUGUCCAAAGAGUUUAACAUCAAAAGAUUCAUGGCAGUGCUACUGGAUUCUUUGCUUCUUUACAGUUCAUCUGAUGAUCAGUGCUGUGAAGCUUUAGCUUCAAUAAUUGAGGCUGUUCCAGUAAACAAUUUGGUUGAUCAUUUCAUCUCCAAGGUUUUCUCUUUGUGUAUAACACAAUAUCAGAAGAAUAGUGAUUUUACAUCUUCUACAUCUGGGAGCUGGGCCAAGAAAAUUCUGGUUGUUGUAAGUAAUAAAUAUCCUGCUGAACUACGGGCAGCGGUUCCUAAAUUUCUAGAGGGUACUGAAGCUCAGUCAAAGAAAGAGGAUUUAAAGCUAGAGAUGUUGUCUUGUAUGCUGGAUGGAAAUUCUGACAUGUCCCACCCAUUUGUGGAUUCAAAAUUGUGGUUUCGGCUCCACCAUCCCAGGGCCACUGUACGCUGUGCCGCACUUUCUAGUCUGAAUGGUGUUCUCAAGGAUGAUAGCUCUAAAGCAGAGAACCUUAUAACAAUUCAGGAUGCUAUACUGCGUCAGCUUUGGGAUGAUGAUCUGGCUGUUGUUCACGCUGCCCUGUCUUUUGAUAAGUUGCCAAAUAUAAUAACCACUUCUGGUCUACUAGAUGCCUUGCUGCAUGUGGUGAAACGAUGUGUUGGCAUCCUCCUAUCAGGAGUAUCAUAUAAUGUUGAACUGGCAGUUGACGUUGUUUCUUUGUCUCUUAAAAUUGCUGUCUCGAGCUUCUGUCAUCAAGCAGACUCUACUGAGAAAGUUACCUCUGCAAUUUUCCCAUUUCUCUUAAUUCAACCGAAGACGUGGAAAUUAAAUCUACAUGUGCUAAAACUGGGGAAGCAUGUUAACUGGCCCCUUUUCAAGAAUCUUGAUGUUGAUGAUGGAAUGAAAAAUAUUGAAGAUAUCAUGUCUACAACCUUAUCUUCGAUUAGCAUGGAUAUUAUCAACGAUUUGGGGGAAGCACUUUCCUUGGAUCAUGAUGAACGGAGGAUUGAGCUUAUUGAGAGUGCGUGCAACUAUAAGCUCUCUGAAGUUUUGCAAACAUGCAGCCAUAUCAAAUUAACAGAACAGGAACGUAACAAGUUGCAGAAGGGACUACUGAUCCGUGAAAGUGUAUCCGCAUUGAACAUGGAUAUCAUUAACAAGCUGGCGGAAGCAUUUAUGAUGCACCCUGGUGAUUAUAUUCCGUGGCUUACUGUCAGUUGCCAAGAUUUCACCUUGUCAAAGUCACUGUUUUAUAUGCUGUUGAUGCAUUCAUUGCAGAAGCUAAAUUCUUCAUCUGACCCUAUUCAGUUUUUGGAUCUUUUCGAGCUUUGCUUUCCUGCUUUGAAGACGGAUUGGGAAGAACUUGAGGUUGAAGUUGAUAUUUCUUUGAAAGAGUUGUCGAAAAGCAACUGCCAAGAACUCCUGUACCAAUUUCUUGACACCUCUGAUUUUACUGCUCUGAAUUCAAAGCUUCUGAUCUGCUUGUUUUGGAAAUUGGGCGAGUCAUUCAUUAAUCUUGAACCCGCCCAUGUUGCUUCGGUCUUUAGCAAAAGGUUGUGUAGCGGACUUGAGGACUUGUUUUUCUUUUUCGCAACAACUCGGUCACGGCAUGUCUUCAAGGAACACCUUCAUUACCGUGUGAGAGAAGCCAAAGUCUGUCCCGUUUUGUUUCUGUCUCCACUGAUCUCACGAGAAGAUGUUCCUCCUGCGGUCCAAAUUGAAAGUCUCAAAUGCAUUUCAUAUCUUUGCUCUAGCAGGAAUAAUGAAUGGCUGACUCAAAUUUUCUCAAACUUUCCUGUACUUUUGGUUCCAUUGUCGAGUAAUAAUCAGGACCUUAAAGUAGCUGCCAUGAAUUGUAUUGAGGCUCUCUUCAACCUUCGGUGUCGUGUUGACUCUAGCAAAAAAAAUGGGAGUGCUCCAAUCUAUAGUAGUGCUUUUGAUGAGCUUUUGGGGAUGAUCGUGCAACAAAAGAGACUUAUAUUGUCGGACAAUAAGUUUCUCCCAUCCUACUUGACAUCGUUGCUCAGUUCAAACCCUAAUGACCUUACAGUGCCAGUUGACCUGCAGAAAAGAUUUGAUCAAUCCACAAAAGAAAAUAUUCUUUCGGUCAUUUUACAGUCUUCGCUAGAACUACCUGCUUAUGGGAAGCUAAGAGUCUUUUCAUUACUAAAAAAUCUGGGGAGCAUGCUUCUGGAUGACGAAAAUGUUAAGUUAUUGUCUCAACUUCUAGAUAAACGUAGUCAGUACUACUUUAAACUGGACAAAACUUUCCAGCCAAUAUCAGAUGCUGAGGUCGAUUUAUUGUGCCUUCUUCUGGAGUGCUCCAUGAUGCGUCCAGCAUCGUUUAAAGGGCAGACUCUUGAUGACCAUAUACUGAGCGUAUUGAAAAUGGAUUGUAUGGCAUCAGAACAUCCUGCUGUUAUUUCUCCUUGUCUUACCAUUUUGGAGAAGCUAAGCAAUCAAUUUUUUGUUGCACUGAAGACUGAGGUUCAGAUUUCUUUCUUCCAUAAACUGGUGUCUAUGUUUCGAAGCACAAAUGGCAGUAUACAAAAUGGGGCCAAAGAAGCUGUCUUACGCCUGAAGAUUCCUUCUUCAGUUGUGGUCCAUGCUCUUCAUCAUAUCACACAACAGGAUACACUUGUUAUUGGUUCUUUAAGCAAGAAGAAGAAACAGAAGAAAAUUUCAAAGUCAUGUCCAGAAGAAGACUUAAAUAGCGGGGAAUUUCUUAGUGGGGAAAAAGCUCUUUCUUUCAUUGCCUCGUUACUUGACAUACUGCUUCUAAAGAAAGAUUUAGCUCACAGGGAGUCCCUCAUAGGACCCUUGUUUAAGCUCCUAGAAAGAUCUAUGUCUAAAGAAUGGGUAAAAAUUGCUCCUUCCGUUGAGGAAACCUCAGUCCAACCUCCACAAGAUGUUCGUGAAACAAUUCCUACCUCUGUUUCUUCCAUUCAACAGACAGUGCUCUUAAUCCUGAAAGAUAUUUUUGAUUCUCUGAAUGUGAAUCCUUUGAAGGCUGAAAUAGCAAAUGAAAUCAAUGUCAAAAUGCUGGUUGAGUUGGCUCAUUCAUCAAAUGAAGGAGUCACGCGGAAUUAUAUCUUCUCCCUGUUCACUGCUACUGUUAAAUUUGUCCCUGAUAGAGUUUUAGAUCAUAUUAUCAGCAUACUUACACUUGUUGGUGAAUCAACUGUGACACAGAUUGAUAGCCACUCGAAAUCUAUCUUUGAGGGGUUUAUAUCAGUGGUCAUCCCAUUUUGGCUGUCUAAGACUAAGAGUGAGGAGCAGUUGCUGCAGAUUUUUGUGAAAGUGUUGCCUGAUAUUGUUGAGCAUAGAAGGCGUUCGAUUGUUGCUUACUUGCUGGGAGUUAUUGGUGAACGAAAUGGCUUGCCUUCUUUGCUUGUCCUCUUAUUCCAGUCUUUGAUUUCAAGGAAAGACUCAGCUUGGCUUGGUAAUGCCAAGGCUUCUGAAAGUUUUGCCUCCUUUGUUAAGAGAGAAUGGGAGUAUGCUUUUGCCAUGGAAAUAUGUGAACAAUAUUCUUCUUCGACAUGGCUCUCAUCCUUGGUCAUGCUUCUUCAAACUAUCAGUAAAGACAGGAAACAAUGUUUCUUACAGAUGCGGCUUGUCUUAGAAUUUAUAUUCCAGAAGUUGCAAGACCCGGAAUUUGCAUUUGCAGUGUCACUUGAGCCAACAAAUAAUGCAUCAGUUGGCAUCCAGGAUGAACUACAGGAGCUUAUGAAGGGUUGUAUAUCUCUCCUACAAUCUGUUGAUGCCAAAAAAGAGAAAGAUGGGACUUCUGCAGUUAGAAAUGAAAUCAGAAUGCGUAUACAUGAUGUCCUAAUGACUGUCACGGGAGCCAUGGAUCUUUCUAUAUAUUUCAGAGUUAUUACUAGCUUGCUUCAGCAGCAGUUGGAUCGUAACGGGACAAAAAAGGUACUUGGACUUAUAAGUGAGAGAGCUAAGGACACCUCCUCUUUUAAACUGAAACACAAGAGGAAGCUCCCCAAUCUAAAAGGAAGAAAUCCUUGGUUGAACUUGGAUGAGGUUGCUGUUGAUUCUUUUGGGAAGAUGUGUGAGGAGAUUGUCCAUCUAAUUGAUGAGACAGAUGAUGAGUCAAGUUUUCCAGCUAAACGAGCUGCCAUUUCUACACUGGAAGUUUUGGCUGGCAGGUUUCCCUCUGGUCAUCGAAUCUUCAGCAAGUGCCUUGCAUCUGUUGCAGAAGGCAUCAGUUCAAGGAAUUUGGGAGUCUCGUCAAGCUGUCUACGCGCAGCUGGUGCACUGAUCAAUGUUCUUGGACCAAAGGCGCUCGUUGAACUUCCACGCAUAAUGAAGAAUUUGAUUAAACAAUCGAGUGAAGUAUCAUCUGCAUCCAAGAGUGGGGGAAACCCAACAGCAGAAGAACAGUUGCUUAUGCUGUCUGUUCUAGUCACUCUGGAAGCAGUGAUUGAUAAACUUGGAGGUUUCCUAAAUCCUCAUCUUGGAGAUAUUCUGAAAGUCAUGGUGCUGCAUCCGGAAUAUGUUUCUGACUUCGACAAGAAUCUCAAGUCCAAAGCCAAUGCCAUUAGGAGGCUCCUUAUUGAUAAAAUACCUGUUCGCCUCACUCUGCAACCACUUCUACGAAUAUACAAUGAGGCUGUUAGUUCUGGGAAUGCAAGCUUGGUGAUUGCUUUUGAUAUGUUAGAAAAUCUAGUUGUGAAAAUGGAUAGAUCAUCUAUCGUUAGCAGCCAUGGGAAGAUUUUUGAUCAAUGCUUAGUUGCCCUCGAUAUUCGACGUCAAAAUCCAGCAGCAAUUCAGAACAUUGAUGAUGCUGAGAGAAGUGUAACUAAUGCAAUGGUUGCUCUCACAAAGAAGCUAACUGAGUCCGAAUUCAGACCUCUCUUUAUUAGGAGUAUUGAUUGGGCAGAGUCAGAUAUUAUAGACGGAUCUGUGAGUGAAAACAAGAGCAUUGACCGAGCUAUAUCUUUCUAUGGUCUGGUGAAUCGACUCUGUGAGAGUCACAGGUCCAUCUUUGUACCAUAUUUCAAAUACGUGCUUGAUGGUAUUGUAUCGCACCUCACCAGUGCUGAAGCUUCUGUUUCAACUAGGAAGAAAAAGAAAGCCAAAAUCCAGGAAACAUCUGACGCUAUAUCACCAAAAAGCUGGCAUCUUAGGGCAUUGGUGCUUUCUUCCUUGAAGAAUUGUUUUCUGCAUGAUACCGGCAGCUUAAAGUUUCUAGAUGCGAAUAACUUCCAGGUGCUACUGAAGCCUAUUGUAUCACAGCUUGUUGUGGAACCUCCAUCUUCUAUAAAGGAGCAUCCACAUGUACCAUCUGUGGAUGAAGUUGAUGAAGUAUUGGUUUCAUGUAUCGGUCAGAUGGCGGUAGCCUCAGGCUCUGACCUCCUCUGGAAACCGCUGAACCACGAGGUGCUAAUGCAGACAAGGAGUGAGAAUAUACGGUCAAGGAUAUCGAGUUUGAGAAGUGUGAAACAGAUGCUGGAUAAUCUGAAAGAAGAGUAUCUUGUGCUGCUCGCUGAGACUAUUCCAUUCUUAGGUGAGCUACUCGAAGACGCUGAGCUAUCUGUAAAAUCUUUGGCUCAAGAUAUAAUCAAACAGAUGGAAGAGAUGAGCGGUGAAAGUCUGACUCAAUACCUGUGAAACAAUUGAGUACUUUAGAAACUUCUGAUUCCCAAUUUUGAUUCUAUUUCUUCUUUUUUGUUUGGGGGUAAAUAACUUUCUGAACUUGUAGUGUUUGAGAUCCCUUUGUAAUGACUUUCCAGUUUGUUCGUGUAGCAAUAUAUCUGCAUAAUUUUUAUCA